AUGGCGACCGCGGCUCAUAUCGAGCUAGAUCCGGCUCAGGCUGGGGUCUAUCAUCUCCCAGACAUAACGUUGGAGUCUUCCAAGAUCGGAAGCCAACUCCUGCAAGAGAAUCAUGACAGGUACCACAUGUACUUCAACAGGGGUGGCUUCCAUAAUCAUAUCGCUCAUCAUUUACUGACGAUAUUCGCUUUGGGUGCUACACCUGAUGAGAUUCAACAUGGUUUUGACAUCAACAAGGGAUAUCAAAGGCCGCAGUUUCCUGUUGAGAAACAGAACGUUCAGGAAAUGUCCGACCCAGCCAAGUUCAAGAACUUUCUGGGCCAAGAACAAUACUUCCAUGAUUACGAGAUUUUCUUCCGCAAGGAGAUGGAAGAUAAGGGGUGGGAAACGGUUUUGAAUGAGCACGUCUUUGCUGGUGGGGAUCACGCCGAGAGCAUGCUUGUUAGAAUGUUCGCUGGCUUUCUGCACCCCUUGAUCCAUCUCGGCUUCGGCGUGGAAUUCAAGCAGCCAGCCAUCAUCGUUGAGGCGCUGGCGCAAGCCGCCAUACAUGACGGCUGGACAGGGAAAUUCCUCCUUGCUGGCGAGAAGGCCGCCAGUGAGACCUCGGAAUCCAAGAGCUUGGUACAACUCAUUCAUGAGGGUCGAAAGAACGAGAAGCUGGUGAAUUCGCCACAAUCCGAAGAUGGGAACAAAUUGAGGGAUGGCGUGUUCGUGCGCGCCCCAGACGAGAUGAAUGCCCUCGCUGCCCAAUGGAGAGUGAGUCCUGAUGAGCUGCAACAGAAAACAGCGGAAAUGAUCAACGCAACUGUGUACUUCGCAGCGGCAGCACAGCGUCCAGACAAGCAAAUCAAAUUCGACUUCUUCUACAUGCAUUGCGUCAAUUGCUCAAUAUUCUUCUCAGCGUUCAUUGAUGAGCCCUGGUUGAGUGUAGAAAACAAGUGCAGACUUUUGGAGUGGAAAGGCCGACUGGAUUUGGCCAUGUAUGUUUCGAGAGGAAGCCCGGAACUGUUGAUGGACGAGAUCAAGGAUUACAGGCCUCGACGACCAAAUGAUGGGUGGGAAGAGGUAGCCCGACGCGUUGACAAGAUGGAGGAUGAUGGCCACGCAAGCAAGCUGGUUCGAGCCAUAGCACACGGCCAUCAAGCAUGCAAACCUUACGAGGGCGAGUCAGACGACGUGUUUCCCAUCAAAGGAGACGAUAUGUGGUUGAAAUUGGUCCAUAUGGCCAUCGAUUCGGUUGAAGCCGGUGAUCCACACUGGGUACGCAAUUGCGGAUUCGCUGAAGCGUGGGAGAAGGUACCAUCAAGGGCUAAGUUAUGA